GGCCUGUGUGAUGGCGAGUUCGGCAACGGAUUCAACAACUCCAACUACUGGUACUCCGCCACCGGCCCCCAUGAGGUGCAGCCCCGCGUGCUGGCUGCCAUGCACCGCCACGCGGCUGGCGACCCUCGCUUGGAGAAGCUGGCAGCGACCCACGGGUCAUCCUUCACCCCCUGCAAGUGGGUGGCUGCAUGCAGCGAGGCGGCUCGCAACGGUGAUGCGGUGCUGACGCGCUGGUGUGAGGCGGUGAUGGCGGAAGAGUGGUCGGCGCUGCUGCAGCACUGCUACGACCGCUUGGAGGCAGCAGCGUGAGGGGGCAGCUUGCUUGCGUGGGUGGGGCGUGUCAGGGCUGGAUGCCGGCAGUGGGUGUCAGUUGGUUAAGCGACAUGCGUCGGCCCUGACAGGGGAUGCAGGAUGCGAUGGAAUUGCUAUGGGGUGUUGGAUAAGAAGACUGACGAAGAGGGCGUUGAAGGCUGCUUUUCGUUUCCCAGCCGUGAGGAUGCUUGCAGGAUGCUGCAUACUUGCAUGUACCAAUAGCAGGUCGUUAGUUGAGGUGUUUGGAAUGCCGAGGAGUCUGGAGUUGCUUGGUAGUCUGGCUUUUGCUGUUGCUGUUGCCUUUUCGGUCGCUUUGGCGCUAAGGCGCGGACGUGUUCAUGCAGCAGCGCCAUGGCAGUGGAGGGGUACUCCUGUAAGGAGCAACUGUGACGUCCGGUAGAUGGCAUGCCGCACUCUUCUCGCCAUGAUGCUGCGUACUGACAAGUACUCUCGCCGUGGCCCCCUAUCAUGAUAGCUAAUUGCGCCAGUCAAAACAAUGGUGUCGUUUAACUACCACCUUCAGACAUGGACGUGCACAAGUGCAUGCCAACCGUACCGUACCAAGCGAUUUGUUGUUACCUAUUAUGAAGGCAUGAUUGACACUGGUGCGCAGGGAGGGGUUUGUGAGCCACGCGGAGGUGACCUACUGGCCUGCCGUUGAUUUGUACUAGUGAUCGUACGGUUCGGACACGUGAGCGAGCCAGCGUGCCUUCGCAAAAUGUAUGGUGCUCUCAUGCCUUUGAGAGCACUUGAAGGUUUACAUAGCUGAUACACAUUUGCUGAGCCCUCAUACGCAAUUGGAUGCUUAAAGCAGCACGUUCAAAGGGGUACCAGAACGGCACUUCCCGUUCAGGCGUGCUAUGCUUCUAACUUCGAAGUCCUUACAUAUUAUUGUUGACAUCACCCUUACCUAGCUAGGGAAUCCGAACUGCGCUAAAGUACCAUCCGGCACAACAGCCAGACGACUGGGAACUCAACUGUUAUGAAGACGAAAGCAAUGAACUGCAGUUUGUAACCUAUGUCGGAUGGCAGCGUUUCGUAUGCUUUUCUCUCAGGAUAGCUGAGAUAGUGUCCGGAGCGAAGCCCAUUGAAAGGCGUAAGCAGCAUAACACCCUGGGCUGGCGGACAAGGAUUUACGUCUAGGAGUGCAAAAUGGCACAGAGCGCAGUGGAUUCAGGGAGGCAGCGGAGUUUGCUACAAAAUGCCCAAACACUGGUUGCUGAGCUACGCGCUCUGCCCUUGGAUCCCGCAACAACUCGGGCCAGCUACCCUCGGAUGUUUGAGCUGGUGCGGAUGGUGAAGAGGUACAGUGAAGCUACCGCCGCUCUUCCAGCCGACGAGACGCGGGCCAUGUGGGAGCAACGGGGGCAAUGGCUACAAGAGGAGGUAGCCGGGUUGGCCCAGGAGCGCAUCUACUCGCCCGACCAGCAGCAGUACUGGCUCAACCUGCUGCUGCUGCUGUUCGCGGGGGCGGAGGCGUGCGACAGGGCGCUGAGGGAGAAGCUGGAGCUAGACAUCGCCCACCAGUCCCAGUCCCGGCAGCUGGCGGAGCUGCGGGGGCAGCUGGAGGCGGCACGCAGCGAGGCGCAGGAGGCGGCGCAGCGCACCUGCAUCCCCCCCGCGCUGUCCGAGGAGCUGCUGUCGCUGCGCAGCGAGGUGGCGGUGCUGCGGGGCGAGCUGGAGCGGGGCAGAGAGCAGGCGGCGGCGGCGCAGCAGCAGGCGCAGCUGCUGGCCGCCGAGCGCGACUCCCUGCGUGAGCAGCUGGAGGGGCUGCGGGGGGAGCUGGCGGCGCUGAACAACACAGCCAACAGCAGGCUGGAGGUCAUCCAGCAGCUCAUGCAGCGCGCCGAGUCCAGCAGCUGCCAGGGCCAGGCGGCCGCAGCGGAGCUCAGCCGGCUGCACGCGCACUGCCGCACCCUCAGCGUCAACCUGGAGACCAAUGCAAAGGUGAUAGAGAAGCUGGCGCAGCUGAACAGCGAGCUGAUGGACAGCCUCAAUGCCGCCACCGCAACCGCGGAAGCAAGAGCAAGGCAGCUGCAGCAGCAGCAGCAGGGGGGAGGCAGCAGCAGUCCGCAGGAGGAGGCAGCCGGCGGGUUUGGCGGCAGCAGAAGCGGUGGUGGUGGUGAGGAAGCCGAAGCAGGCCCCUCGCUGGCAUCCUCGUUGUUUUGGGGGCAGCGCAAUGGGGA